GCACACCAGAGCCGCGCAACCGGUUUAGCUUUGACUUUCGGCAAUCAAUCAGAUAAGAUAAUCUCGCAUGACAUCUUCAAUUUCACGUCACCAUGUCCCUCCAUCAACAUCCACUAAAGCGUAGACGAGCUUCGACGAGAACGACUGGACAACGCGAGAAAGACUUCGUCAUGAGUGCCAGGACCGAUGCUGAGGCUGAGCAGAACCAGCUGAACUCAGGGGUGACGCCAGAGACGUUGCGGGCAACGCUGCAAGAGAAGCUGGAAGCUGUGCAUGUUGAUAUUGCAGAUCUCUCAGGCGGCUGCGGACAAAUGUUCGAAGCCAUAAUCGUAUCACCGCAAUUCGCAAAGAAGACGACAUUAGCACGGCACCGACUCGUUAAUAAUACGCUGAAAGCCGAGAUCGCUGCCAUACAUGCCUGGACGCCCAAGUGUUUUACACCUGAAGAGUGGGAGAAAAAGCAAGCGGGUGGAUAAGCUUGCAGCAGACAAGAGGCUGAAGAAGCUCAUCAUCGAGGCAGCGACGUUGGACUGAGCGGUAAUCUGGCACUGGAUACCAUUGGAAGGCGGAACAGCCACGAUAGCUGGAUCUUUGACCACUUGGACUCAUCAGAGCUGAUAAUGAACGUCUUGACGCAGUCGCGAUGAGGCACAUCAACAACCUCAUCAGAAGCGCACAUCUGCCGAGAACAUGAUGUUGCGACCUCCUAGCCAGACCGCGCUCGCCGCCUCACAUCGAGAUGUUGUCUCCCAGCACUCAAGGUGGUGAGCCUCAGCACGCAAAUUUAUUUACCAAGACGCUUGAAGAUAGUGCAUCUCGCACAUUGCGUCUUUUUCCUUCAGGCCCUCCGCGUUAUGUUGGUUGCCGACUCCGUCGCUCGUUGGCGGAAUGACACUGGUGUCAAAGCCCCGCACUCUCUGUAAAACCGUC